AUGUCCGCCCCCGUCGAAGAAAAGGUGGCCGCCACCACCCCCGCCGCCGAGACCCCCGUGGUCGAGGAGAAGAAGGAGCGCAAGCACCGUGACAUUGACGCCGAGCAUGAGGCGGCUGGCCCCAAGCAUGCUCUGGUCGACAUGAGCACCAUUGAGCUCAAGGCCGAGGACCUGUACGACAAGGCCAAGGUCGACAUCGAGACGCUCGAGCUCGAGGACGUCUGGACGCUCCUCCAGUGCUCCGAGGCCGGCCUGACCGAGCCCGAGGUGCAGCGCCGCCGCGAGAUCUUCGGCCCCAACAAGGUCGAGACCGAGGAGCAGAACCCCAUCCUCCAGUUCCUCAGCUUCAUGUGGAACCCGCUCUCGUGGGUCAUGGAGGGCGCCGCCAUUGUCGCCAUCGGCCUCUCCAACGGCGAGGGCAAGCCCCCGGACUGGCCCGACUUUGUCGGCAUCGUGCUGCUCCUGCUCGUCAACGCCACCAUCGGCUUCAUCGAGGAGCGCAACGCCGGCAACGCCGUCAAGGCCCUCAUGGACUCGCUCGCCCCCAAGGCCAAGUGCAAGCGUGACGGACAGUGGAUCGAGAUUGAGUCGUCGGACCUGGUUCCCGGAGACGUCAUCGCCUUCAAGAUCGGCGACAUCGUUCCCGGCGACUGCCGCCUCUUUGACGCCAUCACCGUCUCGUGCGACCAGGCCUCGCUCACCGGCGAGUCGCUGCCCGUCAACAAGAAGGUCGGCGACCAGUGCUUCUCGGGCUCUACCUGCAAGCAGGGCGAGGCCGAGGGCGUCGUCAUCUCGACUGGUCCCAACACCUUCUUCGGACGCGCCGCCACCCUGAUUGGCUCCGACGACGACUCGACUGGUCACCUGCAGAAGGUCCUGGCCCGCAUCGGUCUCUUCUGCAUGGUCACCAUCGGCCUCUUCAUCGUCCUCGAGAUCCUCAUCCUCUACGCCGGCUUCCGCUACAACUACCGCCGCGGCAUCGACAACAUCCUCGUCCUCCUGAUCGGCGGUAUCCCCAUCGCCAUGCCCUGCGUCCUGUCGGUCACCAUGGCCGUCGGCGCCCAGCAGCUCGCCAAGCACAAGGCCAUCGUCACCCGCAUCACGGCCAUCGAGGAGCUCGCCGGCGUCGACAUCCUCUGCUCCGACAAGACCGGCACGCUCACCACCAACAAGCUCACCAUCGACACCGAGCUGGUCAAGCUCUACAGCGACUGGGCCAGCGUCGACGACGUCAUCCUCUUCGGCGCCUACGCCUCGAGGACCGAGAACCAGGACGCCAUCGACGCCACCAUUGUCGGCACGCUCAAGGACGCCUCGGCCGCUCGCGCCGGCAUCAAGCUGCUCGACUUCAAGGCCUUCAACCCCGUCGACAAGCGCACCGAGAUCACCUACCUCGAGGAGGCUACCGGCAAGACGAAGCGUGUCACCAAGGGCAUGACCUCGAUCAUCAUCGACCUCUGCUCGCGCAACAAGACCUCGGCCCAGGAGGACCAGCUCGAGGCCGACGUCGAGGAGUUUGCCAACCGUGGUCUGCGUGGCCUCGCCGUCGCCUUCGAGGAGGUCCCCUCCGGUCAGGUUGACGGUCCCGGCAACGGCUUCGAGCUCCUCGGCCUGCUCGCCAUCUUCGACCCCCCGCGCCACGACACCAAGGAGACGCUCGACAACGCCCAGGCGCUCGGCGUCCGCGUCAAGAUGGUCACCGGCGACCAGCUCGCCAUCGCCAAGGAGACUGGCCGCCGCCUCGGCCUGGGUGACCGCAUGUUCAACUCCAAGAUCCUCGUCGACGGCGUCCUGCCCGCCGGCUCGCCCUACAAGAGCCUCGACGAGAUGAUCCUCGACGUCGACGGCUUCGCCGGUGUCUUCCCCGAGCACAAGUACGAGAUUGUCAAGAGGCUCCAGGGUCUCGGACACCUGACGGCCAUGACCGGCGACGGCGCCAACGACGCCCCCGCCCUUGCCCGUGCCAACGUCGGCGUCGCCGUCGAGGGUGCCACCGACGCCGCCCGCGGCGCUGCCGACAUUGUCCUCACCGAGCCCGGUCUGUCGACCAUUGUCGAGGCCAUCCGCCAGUCGCGUGUCAUCUUCGGCCGCAUGAAGAACUACGCCGCCUACGCCGCCGCCAUCACCAUCCGUGUCGUUGUCGGCUUCGCGCUGCUCGCCUUCAUCUGGAAGUCGGACUUCCCGCCGUUCAUGGUCCUCAUCAUCGCCUUCCUCAACGACGGCUCCAUCAUGACGCUGUCGCUCGACACGGUCAAGCCGGCGCUCGAGCCGCAGCACUGGGACCUCACCGAGCUCUUCUUCUGCGGCUCGCUCUACGGCCUGUACCAGGUGGCCUCGACGCUGUCGUUCUUCGCCGUCAUCUACAACACGACGUUCUUCGAGGACAAGUUCGGCGUCGACGCCUACCACGGCAACCCCAACGACCCGCACCUGCACAUGAUCAUCUACCUCCAGGUCGCCAUCCUCGCCCAGGCCCUCAUCUUCGUCACCCGCUCCCACAGCUUCUCGUGGAUGGAGAGGCCGUCGUUCGCCCUCAUGGGCGCCUUCUGCCUCGCCCAGCUCAUCUCGUCGAUCAUCGCCGCCUACGGCGACUGGGGCUUCACCAACGUCAAGGCCAUCUCCGGCGGCUGGAUCGGCAUCGUCUGGGUGUGGAACAUUGUCUGGUACUUCCCGAUGGACUUUGUCAAGUUUGGCGCCAAGUUCCUGCUCAAGAAGGUGCGCAGCAACAAGACGCCGGCCGCCGCCCACGCCAGCCUCAGCCGCACCACGAGCCGCGCCGAGAGCUACUACUCGAACCGCACCUCGUUCCUCAAGCGCGCCCAGCGCACCGUCGGCUUCGGCGGCAAGCAGAAGGUGCACAUGUCGAGCAACGAGCUGCAGCGCCUCGGCAGCAUCCAGGCCCAGGAGGCCGGCCGCCGCCUGUCGCGCACCAACUGA